CGCUCACCGGCACCAUCAGACAGAUAUAAGAUCGACUUCAUCCGACCGUGACUGCAUUCCGAACGCAGCGUACCGUACGGUACCAUGGCUCAGAAUCGAUACUUGGCUACUCCUGACCCCGAGUACGCUGCGCUGCUCGCCCAGCUCUCGCCGCCUCCGCCCAUCGGGGAAGACAUACAAGCGUGGCGGAAUUUGGCGAAAGACAUCGUCGUGCCUGCUUUGAAGAAGAUACGAGGUGCUCGUCUGCCUGCGGAGACGGAGUACCGCGUUGUAGACCACGAAGUGGCGGUGGACGGUGGCAAGAUCACCGCCAGAUGCACGAUCCCCACGAGCGGCGGUGAAGUCUUUCCUCUGAUGGUCUGGGUUCAUGGCGGAGGAUUCAUCACUGGGUCCCUUGAUACUGAUGAUUACCUCCUGCGCACCCUCAGCGUAGAGUUGGGAAUCGUCACUGUCAAUGUCGAGUACAGACUAGCCCCAGAGUUCCCGUUUCCCACUGCAUUGAAUGACUGCUAUGCUGCACUGAAAUGGGCGGCAGAGAGUGCAGCCUUGCUUUCGGCUUCCGUAGCGAGAGGUUUCCUGCUUGGUGGACAGUCGUCCGGUGGUAAUAUUGUAGCAGUACUGACACACCGCGCGCGGGACGAUCCGUUCUUCCGUGGGCGCCAACUCACUGGGCAUGUUCUGCAGUAUCCGCAAGUGGUACAUCCUGACGCGGUUCCUGCAAAACACGAAACGGAGCUGCUUUCCAUGGAGGAACUGAAGGAUGCACCUAUCCUGACGCGCGACGACCUACUCUUCUAUGCCCGGACGAUACAGGCAGACCCGUUCAAUCCGGAGUUCUCUCCUCUCCUCUAUCCCUCGCAUGCCGCCCUCCCGCCGCUGUAUAUUCAAAUCUGCGGGUGGGAUCCUGUCAGGGACGAAUGCUUGCUCUACGAGAAAGUCCUACACGAAGCUGGCGUGGAGACCAAGAUUGAUGUUUAUCCUGGUGUACCGCACAUAUUUGCGACAAUGAAUCCCGAAUUGACUCAAGCGGUCAAGCACGACCAGGACUUGAGGGCAGGGAUUCGAUGGCUGCUGGAGAAGACUACAAAUUAUUGACUGGGCGGCAAGUUCGAGGUUCCAUUACACGAGUACAACCAUUCCACUUGCCCAGGACGUAUUGGUGAAACGAGUCGUGUACUAUUGUCAAUGUACAGAGCCCCGCAACGGUAUACGAUCGACAGGAACAGGUGCAUGUGGUACGGACCGCUGGCCUGGAACAAUACUACAAGACAUGG